AUCCUGAGAGCGUCGCGUGCCAAGCUCGAGCCUGAAACACAAGGAUGUAACCGCCACCCUGAGCCGGGUAUAUAAAGCCCUCAGACACAUCUGUCCGGAGAACCGCUCUCUGUCUCUUUAUAGACACCUCUCAGAUGUUAGCGGUUUUUUUCAGUCUUGUUUGUCUCAAAUAAAAGUCUCAACAGAUAGGCUAUAUUGUCCAUACGCGAAAGGAAAACAGCUUGGAUUUACCUGAGAGGUUUGCUGUUAUCAUUUGUUUAUAGUGUUUAUAGCGACUGGCCAAACAUCAUGAUUCCACCUGGAGACUGUCUGUAUGCUGGGAGGAAGAGGAGAAAGCCCAUUCAAAAGCAAAAACCAGCAGGAGUGAACCAGAAGUCGAACCCGUCUAAGAGACACCGGGACCGACUCAAUGCCGAGUUGGACCGACUGGCCAGCCUGUUGCCCUUCACUCCAGAGGUCAUCUCCAAACUGGACAAGCUGUCGGUUCUGCGUCUCAGUGUGAGCUAUCUCCGCGUCAAGAGCUUCUUUCAAACUAUUCAGGAGAAAUCAAACAAAAAGCAAAGCCCUGCAUCCUGCAGCCCUGAGCCCAAAAAACACAGUCUCGGCAACAGCAUUCUGGAAAGUGAUCUUCUUCUUGAGUCUUUGACAGGGUUUGCGCUGAUUGUUAGCUCAGAUGGAGUCAUCUUCUAUGCUUCCUCUACAAUCGUAGACUACCUGGGCUUCCAUCAGACCGAUGUAAUGCACCAGAACGUCUUUGAUUAUAUCCAUGUGGACGAGCGGCAGGAGUUCAGAAGACAGCUGCACUGGGCCAUGAAUCCCCAGCAGGAACACCACUCUCCCUCAGGAACUGAUGAAGACUACAUGGUGAGAAGUCUGUUUAACGCUCAAGAGACAGACGGUGUCCCUCCUGAGCUUUCUCCAUUCCUCACUCGCUGCUUCAUCGCUCGAGUACGCUGCCUGCUUGACAACAAGUCCGGCUUUCUGAGGAUGCAGUUCCAGGGCAGUCUGAAGUUCCUCCAAGGCCAGAAGAGGAAGAGUAAAUCCGGAGCUUUGCUGCCGCCUCAGCUGGCUCUGUUCUGUGUGGCCGUGCCGCUUGUCCUGCCCUCCAUCACCGAGCUCAAGAUAAAGGGCAUGAUAAGCAAACAGAAAGUCUCCAACAUCAGUGAAAAGAGGCUCCACAUUUCUCGCACUUCUUGUGAUGCUGGCGACAUGACGCUUAACUGGCACAGUGGAUCGUGGGCGACUCUUACCAAAGAAGGCAUCCAGUAUAAAAGUGAAGGUCUCUGCAGCCAGGACGAGCCCCUUAACUUCUGCGUGUCCUCUGUGGCGGUCCAUAAAGUGCAGCCUACGCAAAGUCCCUGGGACUCUCGGUGUCACUCUGCCUCACACAGCGGCUACUUCAGCAGCAAACUGGGGAAGCACGUCCAGUCCGGAAAAUUCCGCUUCUCCCCAGGUUGCACUGCUGCGAUCUCCCAGUGUAAGCAGUAUGGACUCAGCGAUAAGGACGGGUACUGUGGGUACAGGAAGACUGAGAGUAGAUACAUGGCCAAUAACGAUUGUUACAGCAACCUACUGCUGCCCGAGACUGCCAUAAAGACGGAGCACGACUCUGACUCGGAGAACGGAUGCAGCGUAUAUGGCGCGCCCCAUAACGGCGUCUGGCGCUACAGCACGCCCUUCCCUGAUGCAAACCAGGUGAAAACAGAGGAAGACUAUGAUGAGUAUUAUUGCAAGCCUAGCAUCACAAACGUCUCUAGCAUCAACGGACACCACAAAUAUCUCUACACAGGAGCGGGCAGGCCGCUAAAAUGUGUCCUUAAUAAAGACCAUUCUGAUCCCCACAGCCUCCAGGGUACAAACUGUCACACAUACAUGAACAGCUCUGAGUCCAAGGUCUUUAUGCAACCCGACUACAAGCUGAGCUACGAGGUGAGGAACCACAGUCUUCUUCACCCCAUCAAAAGAGAACCCAUGGACUCUCUGCCCUGGACUGACGGUAGCCAUGAUGUUAUUCAAGAACACAUGGACAGAAAUGAGGCAAAUUGUGCACUGAACACAGUGGUGCACAAAACCAGUGCCUAUUUGUAUAUGCAAUAAUCUUUAGCGCCAAAUGCUACAUUUUGAAGCUCAGGUAUGUGUCUAAUUAUAGACAGGUGUUAGAACACUUGUUUUUAAGGGCUAGUUCUCUAUUAUGGCACUUUAAAAAAAAUGACAGAGUAUUUUGUAUGUAAUACUUGUAGCAUAACCUUUGCAGUUACCUGGUAUGGAAUUUUACAUCAUAUACAGUUUGCAACUAUAUUGUAUAUUUCAUUUAUUGCAUCUUCACACAACCUGAUUUUAAAUGUACAGACCACAAAAAGAAGGGAAAAUUACUUGGUUAUGGGAUACUAUUUAUACUACUUUGAAUUCUCCGUUCUGAUUGGUGAGAAGAUGUUGAAUAAUUUCUAUAACAGCAGCUCUGAGAGUCGCGCACGCUUUCUAAUGCGUCAUCAUUUCUAUAGUAACAGCUCACUCACAGGGACUUGUACGGCAAACAUUCCACAUAAUCUAAGACUAAUGAUAAAUAGAUUUUAAAAAUAUGUGUUGUUAUUUAACAAAAAAUGUAUAAUCAUUCAUAUCAUAUAUGGAUUUGUAUAAGGAGAUGUUUAUUUAACAGUAAUGAAGGAGUCUCCAGUGUCAGUACUUUGUUUUCAUGGCUCAAAGGAGUUUGUGCUUCCUGGUUUCUCUGUAACAUGAGACACUUUUUUUUGUUUGGUUGUUUUUUUUUUCUUCAAGACUGAGAGAAAAAAGAGAGCCUGGUGAAUGAACGACUGUUUAUAGCUGCUAUAACAUAAGUGAUAACAGGAACUAAGUUGUUUCGUGGACAUUUUCUUAACUAAAUGGAUCUACAGUGUGACGUAAUAACUUGAAAAUUUUAAUCAAAGGCAAAAUUGCUGUUUUAUAAUAGGUUUAAAAACUUCAGGCAUGCUGUUAUAGGAAAUAUCAACUUGAUUUGAGAAAUUUCACUUGCUGUCAACCACAACUAGUUGAAUAAACUUGUAGACUUGUGUAUUCUGUUGUUUUUCAGUGCAACCGUUAACGUUAACAUGGUGCAACAACGAAAUGUAUUGAUGGAAAACAGUAUUCUGCAUCGACAGACAUUGUGGCUUGUUCUGUCAUUUUGAAUUGUAAGCAGUGGUCUGUUUGCGUAGAAACCGGAUUUUAAGUCAAAAACUCAAUUCUGGGUUUUAUUUUUUAUUGGUUUCUGAAAUAAAGUUGAAAAACAAGUUUUGAUUUGAAGAUCUCAAACAGAGGAUGAUGCAUGCGUUAGAGUCAACUAAAAAGUAUCAUCUGUUUCUGUAUCGUCUGAUCAAGAGCACCAUUUCAUCCGAGGACGAAGAUGCUCCUGGCGUCAGAUUUGCAUGUGCGUGCGAGCGUGCAUGUGACAGGGUGCACUUGUGUGUGAGUGAGUGUGUGAGUGUGUGUGUGUGUGUGUGUGUAUUUGUAUGUUAUCAUGCUGCAAUGAAAAAAAAAUUAUUGCCUUAUGUCUGAAUAAAUGUUCUAAUUUAACUUUGUCUAAAAAUCUUUUGUUUGAUAACAGUUGAUAUUUUGGAGUAAAAAGAUAAUAUUGGAAUCAUUAAAAAGUUUAAAGUUAAAGUCUUUUUUUGUGACUAAAUGAUGGUGCAGGUCCCAUUAUAAAUAUUAUUGGACUUUUAUGGUCUAAUCCUUUAAUGGGUUCAGUUGUACUACAAUGUUUUGUUGUUUAAAUAAAUUUUUAUUAGCAUUUCCCUUUAUGAUU